UCCGUGUACCAUUUACGCUAGUUCACAACCAUUCUCGAUUCAUUAAAUAAUUAUUCCCCAAAGUAGGAAUAAAUGUACUGAGUCCUCGACAGAGUACGUUCCAACAUUAUUUCACUGAAGGACAGCAUUUAUUAAAUAUUAGUGUCCGGAUUAAAUCGUCUGGGUGCAAAUUGAAGCUUCUCGGCCGAGCUAGGUUAGCUUAGCUUGCUAGCGUCUGACAAAGAUUAGCGUUUGUUUUCGUUUGUUCACAUCACUAAACGGAGAUUUGGUUGAAAGUGUUGCGAUUAUCGUGUGGAAAUGUGUGCAAAACGUGUGAAAGAAGAGUACGAAGAGGAACUUUGUCGGGCAAAAGAGGAAAACGAGAGACAAAGUCAACAACUAGACGCUGUUGAGUUUCAAAGAGCAGACAUCAGUGAAGAACAUCUUCAUCCUGGGUGGCAGGAGCUGGAGAACCCUCAGAUUAAAGAAAAGCCAGAGGGCCUCAAUGUUAAAGAGGAAGAGGAGCCAGAGCCUCCCCAAUUUAAAAAGGAAGAACACGAGGUUCAGAUCUCCGAGUUUAUUUUGACUGAUGUCAUUGUGAAGCGUGAUGAUGAUGAAAAAGAACGUGACGGAGAUCACCACAGCAGCACUUGGGUACCAGGCGCCGUCAUGCCAAAUGCUAAGCAGAAGGCAAGUGAUGAUAGUGGCACCGCGAAGAAGCGGAAAGCAAUCUCAAUGGAAACGAAGGUUGCUAUCAUUCAGAAGUUAGAAAGUGGAGAAAAGGUGGCGAACGUGUCACGUUUGUACAACAGGAAUCGGUCAACUAUUUGUACGAUUUACAAGAACAAGGACCGGAUUAUGGCACUUGUUGAGCAUUCCGACCCCAUGAAGUCGACUAUUAUUAGUGAGCAAAGGGGAAAGCUGAUUGGGGAGAUGGAAAAACUUCUGAGUACAUGGAUUGAACACCAGAGGCAGGGAGAAGCACCGCUUCGCCUCAGGCUCAUAAAAGAGAAGGCAAAAAGCCUUUUUGAGGAUUUAAAGGUCAAGGCCGGGGAAGACGCUGUUCAUGAGACCUUUUCUGUGACUUCUGAUUGGUUUGAUCAGUUUAAGAAAUCUGCCAACUUGCACCACCGCACUUCAGUUCGUGGCAAGGCAGCGAGUGCCCACAAAAACGCAGCCGAAAACCGCCCGGACACGCUACGGGAAAUAAUACAGAAGGAAGGCGAUGCCCCUCAGCAAAUUUGUAACGUUACUAAGAAAAGAUGCAAAUGUUCUCAGUGUGACAAAACAUUUGUUAACAAGUUUGUUUUGAAAAAGCACAUGAUUGUCCACUCAGGAGAGAAACGUUUCAGCUGCUCAGAUUGCGGUAAAAGAUUCACUUGGAAGGUACAUUUAAAAACGCAUGCAAGAACACACACUGGAGAGAAACCUUUUGCCUGCUCACUUUGCGAUAAACAAUUUGCUCAGAAGACUCAUUUAAGAACACACACAAGAAUACACACUGGAGAGAAACCUUUUGCCUGCUCAGUCUGUAACUCACGUUUCAGUGAACGUUCAGGAUUGGCUAAACACAUGAGAACACACACUGGGGAGAAGCACUUUUCCUGCUCAAUUUGUGAUAAAAGAUUCGUUGAUAGCUUCGCUUUAAAAGCACACGCAAGAACACACACUGGGGAAAAACCUUUUGCAUGUUCAAUUUGUGACAAAAGAUUCUCUGCAAAGAACAAUUUAAUAAGGCACACAAGAACACACACUGGAAAAAAACGUAUUUCCUGUUCAGUCUGUGGUAAAACAUUUUUGGAAAAGACUAAUUUAAUUAUGCACACAAGAACACACACUGGGAGGACACAGUUGCACACAUUGUUUUUGGUGCCCAUCUUGUUCCCAAAUACACAGACACACAAAUAAAUUUGGCAAGCAGAUGGGCAACAAAAACCCUCCUAUGACCACAAUUUGUUGUAUUUUACAUCAUUAUUUUGUUUAUUAUAAUGAAGAAUAAAAAA